GAAGUGGAUAGACGGGCGCUUGGAGGAGCUAUACCGCGGCCGGGAGGCAGACAUGCCCGAUGAAGUCAACAUUGACGAGUUGUUGGAAUUAGAGACUGAAGAGGACAGACGCCAGAAAAUCCAGGGGCUCCUGAAAUCGUGCACGAACCCCACAGAGGACUUCGUCCAGGAGCUACUGGUGAAGUUGCGAGGCCUCCACAAGCAGCCAGGCCUCCGCCAGCCCAGCCCCUCUGGUGACAGAAGCCUGAGCUCCCUCCAAGACCCGGCCCGGACCUUGCCGCCCUGACACUCUCUGGCCUCAGUGGCCCCUCCGUCCCCCCCGCAUUGUGCCCCCCCCUUCCUAGUGCUCUCCUGACUUGUUUAUAAGUAGUAUUUAAUGGUUCUAUAACAGUAA